AUGGGCUGUGACGAGGCCGAGAUCCAGGGGGACAUCAAGCACAACGAGGCUUCCAACCAAAACCUUUCUGUCCUUGCUAUGGCAGCUAUGAUAGGUGAACCAGCGCAAGCCUCCUCCUCGGAGACGGAGAUCAGAGAGCAAUACGUCGCAGUCGAACACGCGAUGAGCAGGUCCACUCCGAAUACACCCUCGCGCCAUCGGAGAACAUCGAGCACCCGAGACGCGACCAAGGAACGCGUGAUAGCCAGCGCCGAAAUCCAGUCAAUGAUCAAUGCGACCUUACCAGUCGGCCCGUCGCUGACAGACGUUGUACGGCGAGUCCGGAUGGGACUCACGCCGUCGCUGGUGCUCUCACCCGAGGCCAAGGAGCAGGCUCAAAGCAAGACGCCAGCCCAGAAUCGCGACAGCGAGCCCGAGACCGAUGUGUCGAUCCUGGCAAGCUUGCCGUCUCACGUCGUCCACACGUUGGUCAAGAAGUACGUGCAGCGUAUGCUUCCCGUCCACCCGUUUCUCUACGAGCCGACGGUAUGGGAACAGCUCGACCGCGUGCUCUUGAAGAUCCCACGAGCUGAAGGAGAAGAGUCUUCCCCACAGACAGUCAAGCUCGACUACGACUUCCUCGUCAUCUACUUGAUUCUCUCCGUGUCUACAACCUUGGGCAGUGCAAAGGUAGGGCAAGGCGCCCGGUGCAUGGCGUUCUCCGAAGCGCUUUUCAAGGAAGGGAUCCGUCACCUCUCACAGAAUGCGGCGUAUCCUUCAGACAUGGCUUGGAUCCAAGUCACGUUGCUGAUUCUACAGUAUGCAUCGAUCAAUCCAAAGCUGGGAAACGUGUGGAUCCUCAGCGGGUUUGCCAUGCGCAACUGUCUCGAGCUGGGUCUGCAUCGCGAAGUGUCGGACAGUAUGGGUCUGGACCCCUUGACCAUCGAUCUACGCAGACGCAUCUUUUGGGCCGCAUACUGCAUGGAUCGGUCCAUUUGUGCGGCACUCCAGAGGCCGCUGUCCAUUCCGGACCCAGCGAUUGACACGAGCGUCAUGUCAGUGCUCGAAGACCGGUGCAUCACUUCGCAUGGACUCGAUCACAGGGGCCAAGCAACCAAGAAACAGGCUCUUCGCUGGAUCGAAUAUCGACGGGUGCAAUCCACCAUCAUCGAAGUCCACUUCCAAAGCCGGCUGCUGGGACCACAACAGACAUGGCAGGAGUGGCUGGCGGUCACGGAGCGGCGACUGUGGGAAUGGUAUCAGUGCGAUCUCCCGCACGACGGGUGGACCGAGUUCGCGCUGAUGCACGGCCUGGUCAUGUUACACCGACCGUCGUCUCGCGUACCCCUGCCAUCUCCCACGAGCAUGUCGACGGCUUUCGAGGCCGCCUGCUCCGCGGCCAAAAGCUGCCGCGGACAGAUCCUGUCGGGAUACUUCCCGCGCCCGUGGCUCGCGGCCCAUCACACCUUCGAAAUGGCGUUGGUGGUGCUGUUUUGUCUCCGACACAACUUCGAGGCGAUUGCGCUGCGGUUCAGCCCCAACGAGAUCUUCGAGAUGACAAAGCUCUUCACUUCGAACCUGCUGACCAUCUCGAGCCAAGGCUGGACCGAAGUCUCCGCCUACGCGGCCAUCUACGAGAGACUACUGAGCCCGCUCCUCGACGCCAUCUUCACGCGAUCUAGACCCGUCGAGGCGGCAUAUACCCCGGAGCAGGAGGCGGAGUUGGCGAGGCUGCUGUACCCCAGUCCCGCACACCCCCAGGAGCUGCGGUUCGCGGAGAUAGGCGCCGGCGUCGCGGAGGAUCUGUUCUCGUUCGACGCCGGGAUUUUCGACUGGGAUGACGAUAUGCUUGCUCACGACUCGGAGUCGUUCCCGUUGAUGGUAUUCUAG